ACAAGUCCAAAAAAGUUUCGAAGCUACUCGAUUCCAGGUCGCGUGCCUGUCGAGGGAAUCGCCGCCGGAAUCAACAGGGCCGAUCCAUCAUCCUUUUCUGACAUGGUCAACAUGGACGGUGCGAUGGAGUGCAUUGCACGAGUAUGUCGGGCCAUCGUCACAGCUUGCGACACGAUCGCGGCCGCCGCGCUGCUCGUCAGGGAGUCCGCGGAGGCCCUCAGGGUGGCCGCGGAGUCGGCCCGGAACGAGCCGACCCCGACGCCGGACGACGUUGGGGUGGAGGCAGAGCAGGUGCGGCCGAGCGCACCUGACGAGUCGUACAUGCGGCCACCCGCCGACCACGACGGCUCAGCCGCCACUUCGGAUGACCGGAGCGAGUGCGUGAUCUGCAUGGAGCCGUACGAGGCCGGCGGCGACCGGUGCCGCGUCCUGCCGUCGUGCGGCCACAUGUUCCACAGGCGCUGCCUCAGGACGUGGCUGCGCACCAGCAGCACUUGCCCGCUCUGCAGGGCAUCCACAGAGCCGGCGCCGGCGCACGUCCGGCGGGCAACUCCGGUGUAGAUUGAUCUUCGAUAGUUCUGUUAAAAAAAUUCUUUCUUUCCGUCUGGUGGUUUUGUAUUGUGACCAGCUGGGUGUAUCACAGUAUCAACUCCCGCGCCUCUUGUUAAUUGGAAAAGAAAAAUCA